CCAAUUAUACAUAGCUAGCAUAACCCCUCCACACGGAAUCCCAUUGCCUGUUUCAGUAGUAAAUUAACAACUCCCUUUGUCUGCACUCAAAGGACUCGAGAGCUGCAGAAUUUUUACUAAAACAAAACCUCAGUACCCUUUCUCUUCUUUCAGCCAAGCCUGAAGAUGUCUUUGCAACCGCAGCAGCAGCAGCCCGUUCUGGUUUACCCCAACACCGAGGCAGGGCAGCCAUCUUCGCACCAUUCAGAUGGAUCAUUUGGGAUAGUUUUUAUUGUCCUGGCCGUAGUCAUUGCUGUAUCGGCCAUUGCUUGCUUUCUUGGCAGGCUCUGCAACCGGCGCUACCAAACUGAUCAAAAGCCGAAGCGAAACCAACACCACUCUCGACCCAAGGAAGCUGUGGACAUUGACAUUGAGUUCGGGUUUGAUAAGAGAAUCCCAGCUUCAAAAACAGCUGGAAAUGGAGGAAGCAGAGGACACAAGCCAACCCAAAAUGGUCGUGACCACAUGAGAGGCGAAAUGAAGCCUGCUGCUCUUGGAAGAGAACCCAGAGCCGGUGCAAGAUAAUGCAUGGUGCAGGAAAGAGGAACAGCUUCCAUAUACUAGUUUAUCUACCUUGGUGGCAUGUCCAUUAUAUCCUUUCGGUUUUCUUCUUUUUGUAUCCCUCCAGUCCUCAUGUAUCUCUAAGUUUCCACCCCCGCAGCUUGAAUGUAUUUGAGUACACAUACAUAUGGUGUUGUGACAUGAAGUUAUUUUAGCUGAAAAUUCCAUCUUUAUAUAUAAAAUCUGUUGGGGUCCCGGAAUGUUCAGUUU